UUUCGAAAUGUAAAGGUAGUAGUUGUGAUUUGUUGCUAACGAUUGUUAGCACUGUCGUUUUCAAGCUGGGUUCCGUAGGUGCCGGUGUUGUUAGUGUUGUUUUGGGUGUUAUUUUCGAAGAUUUACGCUCAUUUCAGCACUACUAAGUUCUUUCAGCUGAUGUUACUGGUGAAAAUAGUUCAAAUAUGAGUGAUAUAAAAUCAUUUUUUCAUCAGUGGUGUACAAAACAGAAAGUGACUCCACAGUUUGAUAUUCGACCGACAGGUCCAAAGCAUCGUCAGCGUUUCUUGUGUGAAGUGCGUGUAGAAGGGUUUGAUUAUGUUGGUGCAGGCAACUCAACCAACAAGAAGGAUUCACAGAGCAAUGCAGCACGAGAUUUUGUGCAGUAUCUGGUACGCCAGGCUGUUGUCAGUCCGAAGGAUCUUCCGUCUGAGCUUGGUCCCGGAACUGAUACCAAAGAUGCAACACCAUCAGAAUUGCCACCUGGAGGCCCUGCUGCACCUCAUGUAUCUCUUGGGCUCACGCGCCCUGUUUUCCAGCCUGGAAUGGGCCCGAAUGAAAUUGGUGAGGCAUAUCGUCCAUACCAACGUGAUGGAGAUCAGCCACAAACCUAUAUGGACAGAUUGGCCGAACAACAGAAGGUGGAAGAAGCGGAGGACUUAGAUGUAAACGCAAGUAUUCAUGGCAACUGGACGGUAGAGAAUGCGAAAUCUAAGUUGCACCAGUUCAUGCAGAUGCAUCGUAUUCAGACCGACUACAAGUACACCCCUGUGGGACCAGAUCAUACCAGAAGUUUUGUUGCAGAAAUGAGCUUCUUUGUGAAGCAAUUAGGAAGAACUAUCAUGGGCCGAGAGACAGGUUCCAACAAACAGACAGCAUCUAAGAGUUGUGCACUUUCCCUGGUGCGUCAGCUGUUUCAUCUAGGAGUAAUAGAAGCUUUUAGUGGUACUCUAAAGAAAAACAAAGAGAGUGAACAAAUGAAACCAUAUGAAGUAGCACUUAGUCCUGAUUUGGAAAGGCAAGUGGCUGAUGUACUAGCAGACUUGCAGAUAAAACCAGUAUCAAUUCCCAUAGAAGGUGGAGCAGGACCAGUAUCUCUGCUAACAUCACAUGUUUUGGACGAUUUUAUAACGUCAAAGCCUCAACCAGCAGGUGUUGUGCCCUGGUCACCCCCACAGCCCAACUGGAAUGCAUGGACCAGUUGUAACAUUGAUGAAGGUCCUCUUGCACAAGCAUCCAUGGAUCAAAUCAAUGAAGACCUUGCAACGAAUUUUCGAGAUAAGAUGCAAAAUGAUACUGUGCUUCAAGGCAUGGUAAAAGAGCGUAGUGCUCUUCCUGUAGCUGCAAUGAGAGGGGCUAUUAUGGAAGCCAUUAAUGAUAGUUCUGUGGUUAUUAUUAGAGGAAAUACUGGCUGUGGAAAAACAACACAAGUGUGUCAGUAUAUAUUGGAUGACUACAUUCAAUCUGGGCAAGGUGCAUAUUGCAACAUUGUUGUGACUCAACCUCGACGUAUAUCAGCUGUGUCUGUGGCAGAUCGUGUGGCUAAUGAGAGAGUAGAGCAACUAGGUUUGAGUGUAGGGUACAGUGUACGCUUUGAGUCAUGCCUUCCAAGACCUUAUGGAGGAAUUUUGUUUUGUACUGUUGGGGUGUUACUUCGAAAGCUUGAGAAUGGCCUUCGAGGAGUGUCACAUGUUAUUGUUGAUGAAAUUCAUGAACGUGAUGUCAACAGCGAUUUUAUAAUGGUUGUUCUACGUGACAUGAUCCAUACUUACCCUGAUCUGCGACUAAUUCUUAUGUCUGCUACCAUUGACACUACUCUGUUCAGUGAGUACUUCAACAAGUGCCCUGUUGUUGAAAUACCUGGUAGGGCAUUCCCAGUGCAGGAGUACUACUUGGAGGAUUGUGUGCAGAUGUUAAACUUUGUGCCACCAGCUGAUACCCGAAAGCGGCGUAAUAAAGAGAAGGAUGAUAGUGAAGGAACAAUAGGUGCAGAGGAUCAAGAUGAGAAUCUCAAUAAGAUGGUAUCUUCUGACUACACUCAACAGACUCAAAAUGCAGUAGCUCAGAUGAGUGAGAAGGAGGUAAGUUUUGAGCUGAUAGAAGAAUUGUUGAAAUAUAUCAAGUCAUUGGGCAUCCCAGGUGCAGUUCUGGUAUUCUUACCUGGGUGGAACCUGAUUUUUGCACUGAUGCGUCAUCUUCAGCAGCAUCCGAUUUUUGGGAACCAGGGGUACAGCAUCAUUCCACUCCAUUCACAAUUACCGAGAGAAGAUCAGCGCCGAGUUUUUGAACCCGUACCAGAAGGAGUGACAAAGAUUAUCCUUUCAACAAAUAUAGCAGAAACCUCUAUCACAAUUAAUGAUGUUGUGUAUGUGAUAGAUAGUUGCAAAUCUAAAAUGAAAUUAUUCACUUCACACAAUAAUAUGACCAACUAUGCGACAGUGUGGGCAUCAAGAACCAAUCUUGAGCAGCGGAAGGGGCGUGCAGGUAGAGUUCGGCCUGGAUUCUGCUUCCACCUGCUCAGCAGGGCUCGGUUUGAACGUCUCGAUGAACACAUGACACCAGAAAUGUUCCGAACUCCGCUCCAUGAACUUGCUCUUUCCAUCAAGCUCUUACGACUUGGGGCCAUAGGACAGUUCCUCAGUAAAGCCAUCCAACCUCCACCAAUAGAUGCAGUCAUUGAAGCUGAAGUGCUACUAAGGGAAAUGAAAUGUCUAGAUAGCAAUGAUGAGCUAACCCCCCUAGGCCGAAUCCUGGCAAAGUUGCCAAUAGAGCCUCGGCUUGGGAAGAUGAUGAUCCUUGGCUGUAUGUUCUUUUGUGGUGAUUCUCUGGCUACAAUGGCAGCCAAUAGUUCAACGUUCCCUGAAGUGUUCACAACAGGAAUGGAUCAUAGAAGACUGACAUACCAGCAGAAAGCAUUCGCUGGAAAUCGUUACUCCGAUCAUGUAGCCAUGUUGAAUGCUUUCCAGGCCUGGGAAGAGGCACGCAUGGGUGGUGAGGAGGCAGAGGCUGCAUUUUGUGAUCACAAGAUGCUCUCUUUGCCCACAUUAAAGGUCACAUGGGAGGCCAAGAACCAGCUGAAGGAACUACUGCAGUCCAUAGGAUUUCCUGAGGAGACAAUGGUAACUGCUGUGUUUAAUUACCAGGGGGGUGCUGAUCCAAAGCUGGAUAUGGUUACAGCUUUGAUGUGCAUGGGGCUCUACCCAAAUGUUUGCUUUCACAAGGAGAAACGCAAAGUUCUUACAACAGAGUCAAAAGCUGCAUUGAUCCAUAAGACAUCAGUGAAUUGCAGUAAUUUGGAGCAGCAUUUCCCUUUUCCUUUCUUUGUAUUUGGAGAGAAGAUCCGAACACGUGCUGUGUCAUGCAAGCAGAUGACCAUGGUGACCCCUAUUCAUCUCUUGCUGUUUGGUUCGCGCAAAGUGGAGUAUGUCGACAAUAUAGUGCGUCUUGACAACUGGAUCAAUCUGGCCAUGAAGCCUGAUGUUGCAGCAUCAGUAGUUGCACUACGUCCAAUUCUGGAAAGUCUAGUGGUUCGGGCGUCACGUGAGCCAGAAUCCAUCACAGAGAUGUCUCCUCUUGAUGAAAAGGUGAUGAAUGUCAUCAAACAGCUUUGCAGAAUGAAUGCUGGACGCCAUGGCUUGCAGCAGGUAGGCAUGGGAGGUUUUAAUAGUCGACGCCCAUCACGUGGCCGUGGCUUUAGCAACAAUGGACCUCCUCCAAAGAUGAUGCGUGGUGGUGGUGGUGGCGGCGGCGGCGGCGGCGGCAGCUUCAGAGGAGGUUAUGGUAACCAAGGUAGAGGUGGUUAUGGUUUUGGUGGCUAUGGUUCUUAUGGUGGAAGAGGAGGUGGGUAUCGUGGCGGUGGAGGAGGUUUCAGAGGUGGUUAUCGAGGUGGAUACUAAAGAACAUUCCCGCUCCUUGUUGCUGAAACUGUUCAGUAGUUUUACACUUUGAAGAUUUGAUGCAUUGUUUGUAAGAAGACAGUGAUCAGGAAGGUUAAUAUUUCAGUUACUUUGUAUCAGUAUGUAAAUGCAGUUGUACCAUAGUACAUUUAUGAGUAUUGUGUGUAGUGUAAGGAUGACUGAACAUCAUAGAUUUUUCAUCUUAUACUGCACUGAAUAUACACUCAUCCCUUGCUGUAGCAGCUCAUUUAUUCCAAAAGAUAAUCUCAUGAGCAAAAUCUUGUAUAGUGAGGAUUAAAUUUGCAUUACUUUACAAGUAAAAUCUUACAUUGCAUUCCCAGAGGUUCGAGAGUAAAUAGAAUUAAUUUUCAUCAUAACAUAGUACAUAACAUGUACUUAAGUAUAAUGUGUGAGAUGAUCCUUUAGAAGUUUGAAGCAUUGUGCCUUCUUUCUUUUUUUCUUUGAGAUGGCAUUCUCUUCUAA